AUGUUGGAGAGACAGUCAAUUAUCCAUCUUGGCGAUACGUCAGCUGUCCGAGCGAUGAUUCCCCAUGAUCGCGCUGCCUUAUCAGCUUUGGCAGACCUUGCUCAUCGAGAAUAUCAAGCUGGUGACUACGAAAGAGCGGAACAUCAUUGCAUGCAAUUGUGGCACCAGGACCCGGAGAACACUUCUACUCUUUUGUUGUUGAGUUCAAUUCACUUCCAGUGUCGUCGCAUGGACAAGUCCGCGUACUUUAGUCAAAUGGCUAUAAAACAGAACCCAUUGAUGGCGGAAGCAUACUCGAAUCUCGGCAACGUAUUCAAAGAGCGCGGUCAGCUGAAAGAAGCCAUUGAUAAUUACCGACACGCACUGAGCAUUAAGCCUGAUUUUAUUGAUGGCUACAUAAACUUGGCUGCAGCCUUGGUAGCUAUCGGUGACACAGAGUCCGCUGUUAGUGCCUACGCGACAGCCCUUCAAUACAAUCCGGAUUUGUAUUGUGUCCGGAGCGAUCUCGGCAAUCUUCUCAAGGCUCUUGGGCGGCUAGAUGAAGCUAAAUCGUGCUACCUCAAAGCCAUCGAAACCUGUCCAACAUUUGCCGUAGCGUGGAGUAACCUUGGUUGCGUUUUUAACGCACAAAACGAAAUCUGGCUUGCUAUUCAUCACUUCGAAAAAGCUGUAACGUUGGACCCGACAUUUUUAGACGCAUAUAUCAACUUAGGAAAUGUUCUCAAAGAAGCGCGAAUAUUUGAUCGAGCAGUCGCGGCAUACCUUCGAGCCCUUACCUUGGCGCCUAAUCACGCUGUUGUCCAUGGGAAUCUGGCUUGUGUUUACUAUGAGCAGAACUUAAUUGAUCUAGCUAUUGACACCUAUAAAAGGGCUAUCGAGCUUCAGCCAAAUUUUCCAGAUGCGUAUUGCAAUCUUGCAAACGCCUUGAAAGAAAAGGGGAAAGUAUCUGAGGCUGAGGAUUACUACAAUACAGCACUCAGUCUGUGCCCUUCGCAUGCAGAUUCUCUCAAUAAUCUAGCCAACAUCAAGCGUGAACAAGGUCGUGCAGAGGAGGCGAUUCGUCUCUAUUUAAGGGCCCUUGACAUUUACCCAGAAUUUGCAGUAGCUCAUUCCAACUUGGCCAGUAUGCUGCAGUUGCAGGGAAAGUUGCAGGAGGCCCUUCGGCACUAUCGCGAAGCCAUCAGGAUUUCACCCACCUUUGCUGAUGCCUAUUCUAACAUGGGUAACACCCUGAAAGAGCUACAAGAUGUAUCUGGGGCUAUGCAGUGCUACCAGCGUGCCAUCCAGAUUAACCCUGCGUUUGCGGACGCACACUCAAAUUUGGCCAGCAUUCUGAAAGACAGUGGAAAUUUGGCCGAUGCCAUCAACUCGUACAAGACGGCACUCAAACUGAAGCCAAACUUCCCGGAUGCCUUUUGUAACCUGGCGCACUGCAUGCAGAUAGUUUGUGACUGGAGCGAUUACAGUGAAAGAAUGAGGAAGCUUGUGUGCAUAGUUCAGGAACAGUUGGACUCCAACCGGUUGCCCUCUGUCCAUCCUCAUCACUCAAUGCUUUAUCCUCUUAGCCAUACACAAAGGAAGCGUGUAGCAGGUAAACAUGCUUCUUUGUGCUUGGAAAAAGUUGCCCUACUGCACCACCCACCAUUUCGAUUUGCCAAACGACAGCCCAAUCAGCGUCUCCGCAUUGGUUACGUGAGUUCUGACUUCUGCAACCACCCUACGAGCCAUCUGAUGCAGAGUAUCCCUGGUUUUCAUGAUCGAUCAAGAUUCGAGAUAUUCUGUUACUCCUUGUCCCCUGAUGACGGAACUACUUUUAGGGCUAAAGUCAAUCGUGAAGCCGAGCAUUUUGUUGAUCUCAGCAAUAUCGCGUGUCACGGCAAAGCCGCGGAGAAAAUUGCCGCCGACGGCAUUCACAUUCUCCUUAAUAUGAACGGUUACACCAAGGGCGCUCGAAAUGAGCUCUUUGCUCUCAAACCGGCUCCAAUACAGGCGAUGUGGCUCGGCUAUCCUGGCACCAGUGGAUCGUCGUUUAUGGACUUCAUCAUAACCGAUGGUGUCACCUCACCAUUACAUUUGGCUGACCAGUAUUCUGAGAAGUUGGCAUACAUGCCAAAGACCUUUUUCGUUGGCGACCACGCUCAGAUGUUCCCACACCUGCGUAAUCGUCUCAUCAUUGAGAGCUCGGAAGAAGUUGCAGGCGGUCGGCGGACUACUGAUAAUUGCAUGGUUGCUUGUGGAACGGACUUGAAGUCACUCCUUUCCGCUGGGACGCUAAGAGAAAUGAUUUACGGCGGCCGAGUAACCGAACAAAGUGGAUCCACAGUGAAGGAAGUUACGUAUUUCAUCAAGGUGCAGAUUCUCACUGUGCCCUCGUUGCAGAUGGUUAGAGAUAUGAUUAGAAUCAACGCGGCAUCGUGCUCCCUCGGCAAUGCUGUGGUUCAAAACGGUUUCACAACACAGCAAACCCAGUCGCGUGCCUCGGCAGGAGAAGAAAUCCCCGUCAAUAUCAUCAUCACCUCUCGACAGCACUACGGUCUCCCCGAAGACGCCGUGGUUUUCUGCAAUUUUAACCAGCUCUACAAAAUUGACCCACAAACUAUGAAGAUGUGGACCGAUAUCUUGAAAAAUGUCCCCAAUUCCGUGCUUUGGCUCCUGCGUUUCCCAGCGGCUGGUGAAGGCAAUGUGAUGGCAGCUGCCGCAGAGCUUGGUCUUCAGAGUCCGCACCAUCGUAUCAUAUUUAGCAACGUCGCUCCAAAGGAGGAGCACGUGCGUCGCGGACUUGUGGCUGAUGUGUGUCUUGAUACGCCUCUUUGCAAUGGCCACACCACGGGCAUGGAUGUUCUUUGGGCAGGCUGCCCUGUAGUCACUCUUCCGCUUGAAACACUGGCCAGCAGAGUAGCGGCCAGUCAGUUGCACUGUCUAGGCUGUCCAGAACUUGUUGCCAAGUCCAACGAUGAUUAUGUGAGGAUCGCGUCGAGGCUGGGCAACAAUCGUGACUACCUUAAUGCAAUCCGAGCUAAGGUUUGGAAGCUGAGAGAGACCUCACCGCUAUUCAACUGUCGCAGCUACACCGCCGAUUUGGAAGCCCUCUACGGACGCAUGUGGCAACAAUACGAAUCCGGUCAAGGUUUUACCCACAUCACCGACUGGUCUCAGAAAUCGAAAGACCAGUGA